UUCGACUGACAGCGAUGUUAGCCAAUUAGGGAAGAGAUAGGCGGAUACAUACACUUCUAAGCUUCUUGCUUUUAAAUGAGAUUUGUAGGGCUUUAAACUUAAUGCAGUGGCGUGCUUCCAACUUAUUUAUUCGGCAUUUUGCUAUUUAUACUGUUGGAUUUCGGGGUGAACGGAGCUAAUCGUACAACAAGGCAUCAUGGGAAGAGGGAAGAAAAUGUCCAAACCCGGCGACGGAAGGAGCGGGGACGUCCCAGAGACCUGCAGGACCGGCGGCACCAAUGAGAAUCAUCCUAAAAUGAACGGGGAAGUGGUUCAUUUAGGGCAGCCCAAAAUCUACUCCUAUAUGAGCCCAACUAAAUCUCCCAGUGGCCGCCCUCCCCUGCAGGAAGAAAACUCUGUUGCACACCAUGAGAGCAAGAAUCUGGGGAAACCCACAACAGAGACUCGCAAAAAAGCGGAGGUUGAGAAAAAGAGAAUAUCUUCAGCAACAGAACUGUCAGUAAAAUCCAGUAAGCAAAGAGAGACUGAAUGCAAUUCCAUAGGAGAGUAUUUUCAAACAAAACAAGAACUGACCGACGUACAGAGAAACACCGCAUUGACACCUGUAGACAAGCUGCAGUCUCAGAAGAUGGUUAAAAACAAAUCUCAAAGAAGGAAGGCUCAAAGAAAGAAAUCCCCAAACAGAAAACUUACUGAUUAUUACCCUGUGAGAAGAAGCUGCAGGAAGAGCAAAACGGAGCUUGAGUCAGAGGAGAAGAUGAGAAUAGAUGAACUUAUUCAGACUGGCAAAGAAGAUGGGAUGAAGAUGGACAUGAUUAUUGGGAAAGGUCGAGGCGUAAUUGCCACUCGGGACUUCCAGCGAGGAGAGUUUGUUGUAGAAUACCAUGGAGAUCUAAUAGAAAUCACGGACGCUAAAAGGAGAGAGGCGUCCUAUGCACAGGAUUCAGCUACUGGCUGCUAUAUGUACUAUUUUCAGUAUUUGAACAAAACCUACUGCAUUGAUGCCACAAGAGAGACUGGCCGUUUAGGAAGGCUGAUAAACCACAGCAAGUCUGGGAACUGUCACACCAAACUGCACAACAUCAACAAUGUACCUCACCUUAUACUCGUUGCAUCGCGGGAUAUCCUAGUUGGAGAGGAAUUACUGUAUGACUAUGGUGAUAGGAGAAAAUCUUCCAUUGAGGCACAUCCUUGGCUUAAAAACUGACCUGCAGAUGGACACAGCUGAUUUUACAAUUUGACUUUGUGAUCCGCUUCUGUUCUGCUUUUUAAAUUCCCUUUUACAUUUAAUAUAUAAAUGAUAUGGAUUUAAAUGCAUUAUGUCUUUACCAAAAGUUUUAUAUCUGGUUUUUGUAUGUUUGCAUAAUUUAGUGCUUCCAAAGCAUGCAGGUUUUUUUCCCUCUUUUAAAUGUGUAUGCAUAGGGACAUGUCUUAUUGCAGAAGAGCGAAUGGAUAAUUCUCAAGUAGCAGUACAUUUGAACCGGUCUUUGUAAUAUAACCAUAGUAAAUGCAGGCUUGGAAUUUAUCAUCCUUGCUGUUUAGUAAACAUUUCUAUGUUAUUCCUCUGUGGGGGUUAAAAUAGUAUUACAUCAGGGAGGUAACUAUCUGCAGCAUGCAUUCACCUUUCCUAUGCAUAAAAUCCUUAUUUGCAACCAUGCUCUCCAACAUUAUAUAACGAGACAUGGAACAGGAAUUCUUCACUUGUAGAUCUCUAAAUGUUGCUGAAUUACAACUCCCAAUGCAUUCUGGGGUUUAUAGUCAAGCAGCAUUUGGGAGCCACAAAGUAGAAGGUACUUUUUUUUUUUUUUUAAAUAAGGGUUUGUGUCUUAUUUAGAGAGUUUAUAAUGUCUAUCCUUGUUAGGUGGCAACAUAUUAAGUGCUUUGUGAUGAAGAUAAUGAGUUUAUGUUCUUUAGUAACAUUUCAGCAGGUAACCUCUCCACUCUGUUUUGAAGGGGAUAGAUGUGAGAAGGUUCUUAAAAUAUGAUUGUUUAAAUAGAGGAAAAAUGCCAUACUAAGCUUCAAAGUGUACCCCAAGUUUUGUUAUUGAAGCCACAUUUUAUAUAUAUAUAUAUAUAUAAAAAAAAAACUUCUGUGGGCUGGUGC